CUCCCAAUCACUCACUUCCUCACUCACUCACUCACUCCAUUCAUCUCUCUUGUCUCUCUCUCUAUCUCUUCUCCGUCUGGGUUUCUCCAGUCGUGAUUUAUUCUUCCUUCUGGAUUGCCGUCGCUGCUCUUUCGUCUCUUGUUCCUCUUUCCAUCCUUGCCUCUACUCGUCGCCUGCCACUCUAGACUUCGUCAUUUCUAUCAUUUCCCCCGUGUUUUCGAGCAUACACCGCUUUCCAUCAUGGCGACCUUCUUCCAGAGUGUUCGCCAAGGCUUUGGCAGAGGAGGCAAUAACAAAAACAACAACAACAACGCCCCGAAGAUGAACAAUGGAAGUCCUGCUCCGUCCCCGACGCCUCAGGGCCCUCCCGCCGGCCAUGUGCCCAACUCCCCGUCUCUCACUUCGAGCUUCUCGGUCGACACCUCUUCCGCCUACGACCCCGAUGCUCCCAAGUACUUUUUCCAGGAGAAAUAUGCGCCCUUGAAUGUGAAGGGCAACUUCUUGACGUUGUGUGCCUGCCCCAAGAACGUGGAGUUGGGCGAAUGGCUGGCUCAUCAGAUUGUUGAACAAUAUCGCCUGCUUCACGGUAUGCUCCAGGUCAUUCAGGAGGUCAACAGCCUCACGGGACUCCCGAUCUGCAAUGAGAACACUUGCCCCACCAUGUCCGCUGGUCGAUUGACAUACACAUGGCUUGUCGAUGGCCGUGCAGCUAAGAUCUCGGCUCCCAAGUUCAUCAACCGCGUGGAGAAAUGGAUCGUCAGCAAGAUCCAUGACCCCGUCAUGUUCCCCACGGAGAAAUUCGCGGGCAUGCCGGAGACAUUUGCGAUCAACGAAGUUGGAGGCGCUAGCGCUACUGCUGGAGAGGAAUGGAUCGGCAAGUCCAGCGGCUUCCCGCAGACGUUUUACAAGGAUUGCCAGGGCAUUAUGAAGCAGAUGUUCCGCUGCUAUGCUCAUCUCUACCAUGCACACUGGUUGAACCCUUUCUGGCACAUCAACAAGCACGACAUCCUGAACAUGUGCUUCGUCCACUUCGUCACCGUGGCGAAAUACUACAAGCUGGUAUCCGACAAGGAAAUGGAGCCUAUGCAGCCAUUGAUCGACCUGUUCAUCAAGCAGCAAAGGAUCCCGCCGGAGGCCCUUUCCGGGGGUCACUGGGGCCAACAACAGCAGGCCUCUAGCUGAGCUAGAGGAGGCCCCUCCCCUCUCACUUAUUUUGACUAGCCUCGCAAUUUGUCCGUCUUCUGACCUGGCGUUAGAAUUCGCUACUUCCCACUGUAGCACGGCCAUGGGAUUGUCUUUGGCUGGCCGCUCCAUAUCCCGGUGUCUUGCGCAUUGUUUUGCCAGCCAGGACGCGUAGAUGAUACCACAUACGCACACAACAUACACAACACAGUUGGCGUUGAGCAUUUAGCAUGCGGUGUGAAUGUUUAUUCCCACUAUUACCUUUGCAUAUUGUCUUUCCUGUCUUGUCGCAUCGUCUGGCCACGCAGUUGUUAUCAUCUUAGCUUAGAUCAACAGAAGUGCAUCACGAUUCGGAUGGGUUUAUCUGAUGGAAAUACCUUAGCGUGACGUGGGGAAUUAGUUUCGAGCCACGGAGAAUGAGAAUCAUCCAG